UACAGAACAAUCCAUUCAAUAUCACAACACAACACAAACACACCAACAUCAUCAUCAAAAGGCCAUGGCAUCUCGCUUGAGAAUGCUCAUUGCAGAGCUCGAAGCCGAGGAACGAGCACAGAAGGGUGGAAACUCGUUCGCCAACCAUGGCAACGGGAACCAGAACUAUGCUGCUCCAAACACCAACAAUGGUGCGUACUCUGGUAACGGUAACAGCCACCAUAUCACCAACAACCAUGGUUCUGGCCCUACCAUUAAUAACAGUGGCCAAUUCAAUGGACAUGGCAAUGGUGGCUUCUUCCAUGGUAACUUUGAUGCCUCCACAAGGAACUACGGCUUUUAAUCGUCCAUAUAUGGAUCUAAGCUUCUCAUCUGCGCCAUAAUCGACAUGAUUAUCACUAUGUUGUCCUUAAUUAUGUUGUAAUCAUAAUAAUCAAAAACAUUGAACUGCAUGCAUGCUUGGAGCAGCAGCUUUAAUUUCUAA